UGGAAACUGGAUGAUAAUGAUAAUGAUGUUGACGAUGCUCACCGUGCUGAUCCUACGGUUGUCCAUGCUGGGAAUGAGACAGCUCACUCUGCCCCAAGAAGCACUGAGGACGAUAGGUUCGAUCAAUUUCUCAUCGACCCGACAUUCAAGAUCAGUCAAACACAUCCGGACUACAAAGAGGCGGUGGAUUUCCUGCGCUACAUGCGUCGUCGAAAAGUGCAACAUCCGAACUUGUCUGUCGGCCGCGCAUAA